CCAGUGCUUGGGAAAGGGAUCUUCAUUGCACUUAGUGCUUAAGGAGGGCGUUACCCCAUUGAUUGUAGAAGACCGUGGGCAGCGAAGUCCCUAUCGCGCUCAGCGUCUGGCGAAGGCGGGAAUCCCUCUUGCGUUCAGUGCAGGGGGAGAGGAAGGUCUUCCUUGCUUCUGGAAGCUUUGAGGGUCGCUCUCCCCCAGCCGCCUCCAUCCCGAGGCAUCCUGGGCGGAGGGCGGGCUUGGCUCCCUCCCUCCCUCACGGGGGUUUGCCCUGGGACGCGCCGGCGGCGCUGGGGCUGGCUCCUCGGCGGCGGGCAGGGGUCAAGGGCAGCAGCGGGGGGGAGAUGCCAGCGCCGGGCCAGCGCGGAGACUCCGGCUGAGCGGGCAGCGCCGGCCCCGGGGAGGAACCCCCCAGCCCCGGCGGCCCCAUGGCGGGGCGGGCGCCGCAGCGCAGCCUCCCGGCGGCGGUGGCCGCCGCGCUCCUGCUCCUGCCCAUAGUUCUCCACUGUGAAUCUUCUGUGAACCUGCCCUUAUCUGUUCUGCUGGAAAAGUACUGUGAAGCUUUGUCAGCCCGCACCAAUGUCACAGGUCUGUACUGCAAUGCCACCACUGAUCAGAUCGGGACCUGCUGGCCCAGAACCUCUGCAGGGGAGCUAGUAGAGAGACCUUGCCCCGAGUUCUUCAAUGGGAUCAAAUACAACACUACAAGAAAUGCCUACAGAGAAUGCUUGGGCAAUGGGACAUGGGCUUCCAAGAUAAACUACUCUCAGUGUGAGCCUAUUCUGGAUGACAAGAGGAAGUAUGCGCUCCAUUACAAGAUUGCUCUCAUCAUAAACUACCUGGGGCACUGUAUAUCAGUAGGGGCCCUUAUAGUUGCCUUUAUGCUUUUCUUGUGCUUGAGGAGUAUCAGAUGCCUGCGGAAUAUUAUCCACUGGAACUUGAUCACCACAUUCAUCCUGAGGAAUGUGAUGUGGUUUCUGCUUCAAAUGAUAGAUCACAACAUACAUGAAAGCAAUGAACCCUGGUGUCGAUGUAUUACCACUGUCUACAAUUACUUUGUGGUGACCAACUUUUUCUGGAUGUUUGUGGAAGGCUGCUACUUACACACUGCUAUAGUGAUGACUUACUCCACAGACAAGCUACGGAAAUGGGUCUUUCUCUUCAUAGGAUGGUGUAUUCCUUGCCCAAUCAUCAUUGCCUGGGCCAUUGGCAAGCUAUAUUAUGAAAAUGAACAAUGCUGGUUUGGAAAAGAACCAGGGAAAUACAUCGACUACAUAUAUCAAGGGCCAGUGAUUCUUGUUCUUCUGAUAAAUUUUGUAUUUCUAUUUAAUAUAGUUAGGAUUUUAAUGACAAAGCUGAGAGCUUCAACCACUUCAGAGACAAUACAGUACAGGAAGGCAGUCAAGGCAACAUUAGUUCUUCUGCCUCUGCUGGGCAUCACCUACAUGCUUUUCUUUGUAAACCCUGGUGAAGAUGACAUUUCCCAGAUUGUUUUCAUCUAUUUCAAUUCCUUCCUGCAAUCUUUUCAGGGUUUCUUUGUGUCAGUAUUUUACUGCUUUUUGAACGGUGAGGUCCGUUCUGCUGCCAGGAAAAGAUGGCACCGCUGGCAAGACCAUCACUCCCUCCGAGUGCGUGUGGCACGUGCCAUGUCUAUCCCCACCUCUCCAACACGAAUCAGCUUCCAUAGCAUCAAACAGACCGCAGCUGUGUGAUAUGCCCUCACGUACACGUGCACCUGGUGGCCUUCAGGGUUCUUCUUUCUUCACUCUCCCCAGGCCCCUUUCUUCAAACUUUCUUCCUUUAUUCUUCACUGAUCUCUUUUGCAAUGAGGUGCCCGUCACAUUUCUGUGGACUCUCAUCUCCUGUAUUUAUGAUGCUGCUUUAAGGCAACCAGGCAAAGGCCUCCUGAAGUAGGUGGUGGCGAAGCAGUUUCAAAGAAGAAAGAGAUUCAACACUGACUGCACCUUGUGGAAGUUUGCAGUACAAAGUCUAAAACAGCACACUGGCUGGAACAAUACCUUUUUUCAACCUUUUGUUUGUUUGUUUGUUUCUCCCUUCCGUAUUGUGGUGAACAAGAACUGUUUUUAAAAUACUGCCCAUCUCACCCUGUACAUUGAUUCCCAAUGUUUUCAACAGUUUUGUGUGUAGAUAGCCCAUGCCUUUCUUGUUUCUUUGUAAAAAUUACUUCUCUGCGAAACUGUCAUUUAAGAACACGUGGCAGCAGGAAAAAGAGCAUCUGCAAGGUGGUGUGAAAAACCCAAGUUUAUCUACCUUCCUCUUUUCUCCCUUUGAUAGACAGGGAGUUGUCCAGAGCAUCACUGGAUUGUUCAAGACAGGGCACUUUGCCUUGCAAGAACCAUGCUCUGUUCAUACAGAGAAUUUCAAAAAGGACAGCAAUAUCUCUAGAUAGCUCUAUAAAAUAUUCCUCUUAGCCACAUGCUUUCAACACAAUGUAAGUAGUCUUUGGACAGUCUUUGUAUUUUUUCAGGUAAGAGGAUUGGGGUGGGGAAGGACAACAGAACAUGCUUUCUGGAUUUUAAAAAUAUAAAAGGGAAGCACUGUAAAAAUAAUGAGGAGAGGAUGUUUGCAUUAUGAGGAUAGUGCUACAUGCUGCACCAAGAUUAUCUAUUGAGCAUUUUCAAGUAGAGCAGAUGUAUCUACUAGGCUUUUUAUGUGAUGUUCAAAAAUACUGUAUAUUUUCAGUAAUAAACACUACUCUGGGUUGGUUUCAAUAAAACAAGGUAUCAUUUUCUUUACUCUGGAAA